GACAACUUCAGUCCUCCGCCGUCCUCUCCCCCUCUACUUCGCUCUUCGCCUACUCACUUUACACUUUACAGAGAGCUCUCUCUCUCUCUCUCUCUCUUCAGUAUACAGUCUGUAGUCUGUAGUCUGUAGUCUGUAAUCACCUUCCUCCAAAACCUCAGCCAGCGUUGCUCAAUCCCACCCCGACAUUAAUUUUUUAAUAAAGUUUCCACCUUUUCUUUGUUUGUUUUUAAAUCUAAUCUCUCUUUUUGAGGCCUCCCUUCAGAUUGGAUUGGUGCUAUUCAUUUGAUGCUGUGCUGUAGCUCUUCUUUCCCAUUCCCCAAACUCUGCACAUUCUCCUCCCCACCCUUUUUCUCACCACGCUCGCGAAAUCAUUCCUCCCUUGCCUUCUCCUUUCAAAAUUGGUCAUCAUUGAUUCAGCUAGCAAUUCCCAUCUGCAACCCAUGAGCCUCCCCCUCACUGGUUCUUGAGAUCUGAAUUAAAAAGUUUGGAAGUUAACGUUGGCUGGACAUUUGGCAAUGCUGAAGCAGAAUCGGACCGCGGCGGCAAUGGAUGAAUUGCUGCCUGGGAAAAUCAGGAAACGGGGGUGUUCCUCGUCGGCGUCGUCGUCAUCCUCCGUCAUUCAGAACUACCGGUUCAAGAGGGCGAUUCUGGUGGGGAAGAGGACUGGAUCCACUACUCCGGUCCCCAUGUGGAAGCUGAUGGGUUCCACUCGCACUCCCUCGUCGGCGUCGCGCCGCCUGGGCUCCCCCAAUUACGCCGCUUCCCUGCACGGCGGCGGAGGGAGUAAAGGAAUUAAGCAGCAGCAGCAGCAGGGUCCGGUGUCGGCAAGGAAAUUGGCGGCCACACUCUGGGAGAUGAAUGAGGUCCCGUCGCCGAGGAGGCCGGAGACGGUCGGCUCGGUUGAGAGGAGACUAAGGAAGGAGGGAAAGGCUAGGGAGAGGACGGUGGCGGCGGCGGCUAGGUCCGUCCAUUCUGGUUCUCUGCCUCCCCAUUUGUCUGAUCCUUCCCACAGCCCUGUUUCUGAGAGGGGUGAUCGCUCUGGGACUGGAAGCCGCCACAGAAGAGCAUCCUCGAUUUCACAGAAGCUUAGGCUUAUGGAACACCAGAGUGUUGCUCCGUUUGACUCUGUUAGCAAUGCCAGCUUCAUGGAGGUUGAGUCUAGGUCCCGUGUCCAAACGCCCACUGGAUCUACUACCACUAAUGUGGUAACCAAGACCCGUUUAAAGGACAUCAGCAAUGCAUUGACCACUUCAAAGGAACUUCUUAAAAUCAUUAACCGUGUAUGGGGAACCGAACAACGUCCUUCAUCCAGCAUGUCUCUGAUAUCAGCAUUGCACGCUGAGCUCGAGAGGGCUCGGUUACAGGUUAACCAGUUCAUCCACGAACACCGCGCUGACCAGAAUGAGAUCAAUUUCCUGAUGAAGUGCUUCGCCGAAGAAAAGGCAGCAUGGAAGAACAAGGAGCAGAAACUAGUCGAGGCCGCAAUCGAGUCCGUUGCUGGAGAGCUCGAGGUGGAGAAGAAGCUUAGGAGGAGGCUCGAGAGCUUGAACAAGAAGCUGGGGAAAGAACUCGCAGACACAAAGGCUUCAUUAGCAGAUGCUGUGAAGGAGCUCGAACAUGAGAAGAGAGCGAGAGCCGUCAUUGAGCAUGUUUGCGAUGAACUGGCCAAUGACAUUGGGGCAGAUCAUAAAGCUGAAGCUGAAGAGAUGAAGAGAGAAUCUACAAAGCUGUAUGAAGAAGUGGAAAAGGAGAGGGAGAUGAUGCAGUUGGCUGAUGUUUUGCGAGAGGAGAGAGUGCAGAUGAAGCUCUCCGAAGCUAAGCAUCAGCUCGAGGAGAAGAAUGCUGCAGUAGAUAAACUGAGGGGUCAACUUGAAGUCUUCCUAGGGGGAGCCAAAACAGCUGCAGCGCUCAAGGAGAAAGGACGGGCUUAUCUGAGUAGAGCUCACUUUGCAUCAUAUGGUGAUGAAGUGGACGGCGAAGGAGAGGUAGAAAACGGGGAAGUGUGUGAGGAUUUAGACACAGGCGAGAGCGAUUUGCAUUCCAUAGAGUUGGGGAUGGACAUGUCCAAGAGGUCCUAUAACUUCCCCUACCCUUCUGGAACUCCUCGUGAUCCUAGAAGGGUGAAAAAUGAAGAAGAAGAAAUCAAGUACAGGAAGUCUAUUCCAGGGAGAGUAUCUAGGAGUAGUAGUUCUCUACAACGGAGUGUUUCAGAUGUUGCUGAAUGGAAUGGGAAGAACGAGAGGGACGGUUUAGAGCGGGGCAGGUUCAGUGAAUUCUUGAGGUCGCCACAUGGGAAUGGUUAUGGGGAAGAUGUUUAUGGAUAUCAAUCGAUGAAGGGUCGUCGAGACUUGCUAUUAUGUGGUUCUGGGGUUGAAACUGCCCGAAGCUAUGGUAGUCCCACACGGCAUUUAGUGCAGCAUCAGGCAAGGCUAUCAGGUCAAGAUCGACCUCCAACUGUAACAGGGAUCAUAUCAAAAUCGAGGCUUUCAGAAACCAGGACUGAAGCUCAGAGCAGUGGUAGGAAAUCCAGAAGGUGAGGAAAUUUGACUGCUGGCACAUUCCAUGGAGCUGGGUUAAUGAGAGUUUGCAGUAAAUCACUGCGCAGGUUUUGCUUGCAUUAACCUAUUUGGAAACCAACAGGAGACUGGUGGUGGUGUUGUUUGUAGAGAAAUGGUGGCAGAGAAGUAUGUGGGAAUUGGUGGGAGAAUUUAAGAGUUCCUGAUUUUUGUACAAAUGCAGCUCUCUAACUUAGCUCCUUCAUUAUGAAGCUUUAUCAGAGUAUUAUAAAUUGUGUCUAUCUUCUGCUUCUGGUGUGGUUGUUCAUGUUUUAAGUGAAGGAAAAAAAUGGUUAAAAGAGAGGUAUUUUAUAAUACCUCAUUUGGUUGUUCACUUCCCUUCUUCUUUCCUUCUCUCUUCUUCUCUCUCUCUACCUACCAUCGAACCCGGGACCAGAAGGCUGUGUUUAUAACACACAACCAACAGACCACAG